GCCGCCUGGGUCGCCAUUUUGUACCUCCCGUCCCCCCUCCUUUUGCCGGCCCGGCCUGCGUGGAGUGCCUCGUGCUGAGGGGGGGGCCUCGCAGAAACGGGAGGCGGCGGCGGCGGCGGGGAGGCCUUUUGAGGCGGAGCCUGGCGAGGGAGGGGCGCACGGCGCGGGGGGGCCCCCAUGGCGAAGAAAACCUACGACCUGCUCUUCAAGCUGCUGCUGAUCGGCGACUCGGGCGUCGGCAAGACCUGCGUGCUCUUCCGGUUCUCCGACGAUGCCUUCAACACCACCUUCAUCUCCACUAUCGGGAUAGAUUUCAAGAUCAAAACAGUUGAAUUGCAAGGAAAGAAGAUCAAGCUACAGAUAUGGGACACGGCAGGGCAGGAGCGGUUUCACACUAUCACCACCUCCUACUACAGGGGUGCCAUGGGAAUCAUGCUAGUGUAUGACAUCACCAAUGCCAAAAGCUUUGAAAACAUCAGCAAAUGGCUCAGAAACAUAGAUGAGCAUGCCAAUGAAGACGUGGAGAGGAUGCUGCUAGGAAACAAGUGUGACAUGGAAGAUAAGAGGGUGGUACCAAAAGCAAAAGGCGAGCAGAUUUCAAGGGAGCACGGGAUUAGGUUUUUCGAAACUAGUGCAAAAGCAAAUAUAAACAUUGAGAAGGCAUUCCUCACGUUAGCAGAAGACAUUCUUCGAAAGACCCCUGUAAAAGAGCCCAACAGUGAAAAUGUAGAUAUCAGCAGUGGAGGAGGAGUGACAGGCUGGAAGAGCAAGUGCUGCUGAAUGUGUUCCCUUCACCAAGCGUCAUCCACCGCCCCUCCUCUUCUUGCUGCGGAGUAAACCACUUUGCCCAUUUUAACCUUAAAUAUUUUUUUGUUCCUCAUCUUAACACGGCUCCCUUAUUCUUCUUCUGUUUUAGGAGAGCUCGCUGACUAUAACGUUCUUGAAACAAACUGUAUUAAAAAGAAAAUCAUGUCUCAAUUCCUCUCUUUUUCCCCCUUUUUCUUUUCUUUUCUUUUUUAAAUGUACCAGCUCCAACUCAGCAUCACGUUCUGGUUGUAUUAUAGUCCGGUCUUAACCUUAAAACUUAGAGCAAUCAUUUCCGCUCCAGCCUGCAAAUUGUACGAGAAUAAAACUUUAGCAUUAACAGUUUCUUUUGUACAACAGUGGGGUUUUUGUUAUGAAUAAUGUGCUUAAGUCACUAUAUUUGCAUCAGUAAAAAAAAAAUCAUUCGCCUUGAGUAUGUAAAUGGGGUUUAUUUUGUCCUGUGCCUUAUGUGGAAAGGAACUUUGGUUCUCCCCCCUCCCCCUUUCCGUAUUCCGGUUGAAGCACGAGCAGGAGAUCAUGCCA